UUCAGGCUGAUAUUUGCAUCAAAUUCAGUUAUUUAGCUUCUGCAUUAUUGCAAUUGUUCUUCCUAGUCAACUUCGUUCGAUCUCCAAGUUCAUACAUUUUUGCUUUCUGCCGAUAAAAUUCCAGAUUGGUCUUAGAUUGCCGCAGUCACCGACACAAUGGCAGAUGAACAGCCACGCCAUAAGUACCCUCGAAUGCCGCCACAAGAGGCAAUAACCUUGUUUUGGUCCAGAUUCCUUUCGCAGACACCAUCCACAGCACACUGCAUUUUCCCUCCUACCCUAUAUGCCGACCUACUACCGCCCGAGACAUCGCCAUAUGGGGCAUCGUCCAGUCGAAAUGCCGUGGAGAGCUAUGAAGAAGCAGCCGCAGCAUGCAGAGCGCGCGUGAGAAGCAUAGUCCGAGAAUGCGAACGCACCAACGAGAAGUUCACCGAUGCCGAGUUUGACAUCGAGGACGACUUUGCUGAGGCGCGCCACAACUACCUUUAUGGUCUGCUUCAUAACCCUGAAUUCAAUGGCGGGAAAGCCGAAACUGAAGAGACGAAGGUCGCCUCCACUUCCUUGGAGAGGGGCCUGUCCUCUCGACUGGGAACUGGAAUCCUUGGGUCCAAUCCUACUCUUGGGCCUCGAGACGUAAAGGCGUCGCGAAAGGGCCUCGUCCGAGAAUCGGACUCUCUAGACAAACCAGAGAGCGUCCACAGGAUCGAUUACAUAUUUGAGAAACCGCAGUUCAAGCGCGGAGAAUUCUCCAAUAUGGAUGUCCAACAAGGCCGCCUGGGUGACUGUUGGUGGCUUGCUGCAGUCGCCACUCUCUGUGUCAACGGACUCAUCGACAAGGUUUUCAUUGAGCACGACGAGGAAUGCGGUGUUUACGGCUUUGUAUUUUACAAAGACGGCGAGUGGAUCUGGACAGUGGUGGAUGACAAUCUUUACCUCAGCCACGCCGACUAUUCGUCAAAUGAUUACGAUGCCGGUGGGAAGCUAGAGAAGCGGUACAAGAACUGGCUCCAGACUGGCUCGGAGGCAUUGAAAUUUGCCAAAUCUGUGGAUGAGAAUGUUACAUGGCUUCCGUUGCUAGAGAAAGCUUAUGCGAAGGUCCAUGGAGACUACGAGGCAAUCGAUGGUGGAUGUUGUGGCGAAGGCGUUGAAGACCUGACUGGGGGUGUUACUACCUUCAUUUUCACCAGCAAAAUUCUUCGAAAAGAGCGACUCUGGAAGGAAAUGCUCAAUCCGAACAAGGAGUUCGUCUUCACCGUGUCGUCCUCGAGUCCAACCCCGGAACAGGACCAUUCAAGAGGAAUACCAACCUGCCACGGUUAUUCCAUCCUACGCGCAACGGAAGAAACGUCCGACGAUGGCGAAGUGUUCCGUCUCGUCAAAGUCCGCAACCCGUGGGGCCAUCGAAGCCAUGACGGGAGCGGCGAGUGGGAUGGCGCAUGGAGCGAUGGUUCCAAAGAAUGGAACUUGCACUGGAUGCAAAAGCUCGAGCAUGAGUUUAAAGACGACGGGAUUUUCUGGAUUUCGUACGAAGACCUUUUGAAGCGAUUCAGAGCGAUCGAGCGCACCCGCAUCUUCGGAAAGGAGUGGCACGUCACGCAGAAGUGGACAUCAGUCAGCGUGUCGUGGAUGACCGGAUUCCUCAAAACAAAGUACGAAAUCACGAUCGAGGAAGCUGGGCCGGUGGUAAUCGUCCUUUCACGACCCGAUUCCCGAUACUACAAAUCACUGGGGGGUCAAUACAAGUUCGGACUUCAAUUCAUCCUCAAAAACGUUGACAGUCAAGAGCAGUUGGUCCAUGUACGCACGGUAGACGACGAAUUCCGAUCUGUGAGUGUUGAGCUUCAACUCGAGCCAGGUACCUACGAAGUCAUCCCUUGCAUCGCUGCUGCAAAGGUAUCUGAUUAUAUGGCUGUUGAAGACGUGGUCAGGAAGUAUGCGGGGAAAAAUCCAUCCAAAUUGAGGCAGCUAGGGAUCAAUCACGACGUAGCUUACGCAAAGGGCCUGAACCAAGCGCAGGUCUCGGAGGCUUUGGGUCUCAGAGCUGAAGAGGCGACAUUGACGAAAGAAGGCGCAACGACUGACAAUACCAAGGAAAAACCGGUCCGCAAAGUGAACCUCGAAAAUUCGAUGACGGCCGACAUUGCCCGAAGGCCCAAAGUCACAGUUGACGAGAAAGAGACUAAUUCUGCCUCCGAGAAACAUGGCAGUGCAAGCUCAGCGAGCCGAAAGAAUGGCACGAAAUCGGGCGAUUCAGAGGCGAAAGUCAAAGCCGGAUGCACUGAUUCUCGUUCGCAUUCGUUCCCCACUCAAAAGGGCAGCUCAACCCGAAUAUCUUCCAUGGAAGUCUCAAAGGGCCCUACAGUUGCUAAGAAAUUCGUAAAGACGAUGGAAAGACAGAGUGGAGCUAAUGAUCAAGGCGACAAAGCGGAUCCUACAGUAAAUGAGGAUGCAGAGGAACCGGUUGGUGACGCAGAGGAACCAGCUAGUGAUGCAGAGAAACCGGCUGGCGAUGCAGAGAAACCGGCUGGUGAUGAUGAGUUUGAGGAGCCAUGGAAUGCAGUCUGUGUGAUCGGAUUGAGAGUCCAUACUAAGAACUCGGAGAGCACGGUGAAGGUUAUUGCUCACAAAGGCAGUGGUGACGUUGCA